AUGCCUUUUGGUAUCAAGACGGCACCUGAGCAUUAUCAGAAGAAGAUGAACGAAAUUUUGGAAGGCCUGGAUGGUCAAGUAUGCAUAAUUGAUGACAUAUUGAUCCACGGGAAGACCCAGAAAGAACAUGACACUAGACUUAGAGCAGUGCUGAAGAAACUAGAUGAAUCUGGAGCUACACUUAAUCCAGAGAAAUGCGAGUUUUCAAAGAAAGAAGUCAAGUUUGCUGGUUGUAUCCUUAACGAAGAAGGAAUCAAGUCCGAUCCCGAUAAAAUAGAGUCGAUUUGAGACAUGGAUGCACCUCAGAAUGUGGGCGAUGUACGUAGAUUCCUUGGAAUGGUCAACCAACUUGGGAAGUUUAUUAACCACUUAGCAGAGAAACCGUAGCCAAUUAGAGACCUCCUUAGUAAAAACAAUCAGUUUCUAUGGGGACCAGCUCAACAAGAAGCCUUCGAUAAGUUGAAAGUCGAAUUAAGUUCUACACCAGUACUUGCGUAUUAUGAUCCUUCCAAGAAAACCAUUUUGUCAGAAGAUGCCUCUUCUUAUGGUCUUGGGGCUGUCCUAGACAAGAGAACGGUGAAAGACAGCCAAUUGCAUACGCAUCCAGAUCUAUGACUAGCACCGAGCAGCGCUACGCUCAGAUUGAAAAAGAAGUUUUGGCAACAACUUGGGCGUGCGAGAAAUUCAACGAUUAUAUUCUUGAGAAAGAUAUCCUCAUUGAGACAGACCACAAACCACUUGUUCCUUUAUUUGGCACAAAGCUUCUUGAUCAACUCCCUCCUAGAAUUCAGAGAUUUAAAAGGAGACUAAUGAAAUAUUCAUUCUACGUUAAUCAUAUACCAGGAAAGGAGUUAGUAACUGCUGAUACUCUUUCAAGAGCGCCAAUUAGAAAACCACCUACCAAAGUCGAUAAGCGGUUGACAGAAGAUUUGAGCUUGUAUGUGGCGAACAUUUUCGAAAGCCUACCAGCUAGCGAACGGAAACUUGAAGAAAUUCGACUUCUUCAACAAGAUGAUGAAGUGUGCAGAAAACUUUCAGAAUUUUUCACUGUAGGCUGGCCAGGUAGGACCAAGCUGAACUCAACUCUUCUUGCUUAUUGGCCAGAGAGAGGUAAUAUCACAGCGCAAAGAGUUAUUCUGAUGAAAGAUACAAGAUUAGUCAUCCCGUCUUCAUUACGACUGGAUACUCUGGAUAAAAUCCAUGCGGGUCAUCAAGGAAUUCGAAAGUGUCGAGAAAGAGCACGCGAGUCUGUGUGGUGGCCAGGGCUGAGUAAGCAGAUUGAAGAUAUGGUUACGACGUGCCCAACUUGUUGUAAGCAUCGACAAAACCACGCAGAGCCUAUGAUAGCGUCUCCACUCCCAGAACGACACUGGCAAAAGAUUGCCACAGAUCUUUUCCAUCAUAAUGGAAAAUACUAUGUCAUCGCUCUCGAUUAUUACUCCCGAUUCUUCGAAGUCGCUCCACUCAAGAAUACCACUUCAGAGAACGUCGUGAACCACUUGAAAUCGUUUUCCUGUCGUCAUGGUAUCCCAGAAAUUGUUAUGUCGGAUAAUGGGCCGCAAUUUUCUGCAGCUACCUUUUCCAAAUUUGCGGACGAAUGGGGUUUUACCCAUUUAACAAGCAAUCCCUAUUACCCUCAAAGUAAUGGAGAGGCAGAGAGGGCAGUAAAGACCGCAAAGAGUCUGUUUGCCAAAUCUGAAGAUCCAUAUUUGGCUCUACUGUCCUACAGAACAACACCACUACAGAACGGACACCUCCAGCAGAGUUACUGA